AUGGGGACGUUGCAGACUCUGCGCAAGGACAACAACAAGCUGAAGGAGCAGUUGUUGCAGCACGAGAACUUCGCUCGCAUGAUCCAGUACGGUCUGAAUGCCCUGCCGAGUGACUGCCGCGACGUGGACCGCAAAAAGAUCGCGGGUGUUCCGAUGUGGAUCAGUGAUCAGAUGAACCCUCUGAAGGGUUCUACACUGGUGGUGGACCUGAAUUUGUGUCACGAGGCUGUGGGUCAUGCGUACAACGAGUUGAAGACUUUUGGUCCGUCGGUGAACUCGAAGACGAACGUGUACUAA